AUGUUAACAAUACAUCAUCAUGCUACUAACAAUAUAGUGUCAGGCAAUUUUGAAGAUAUUUUUAAAUUUACGAAUAAAGAAAUGCAACCUAUGAAUGAAAAAACACAAUCUACAAACAAAGAAGCACAACUUAUGAAUAAAGAAGCGCAAUCUACAAAUAAAAAAGCACAAUAUAAAUGA